AGUCUUGGUAAUAUCAACAGACCUCAAGCCUAGUUUUCUUAAACAAGACCAUGAAGCAAAAGGUGGUGAUCAGUGUCUCCUUCAAUGGCAACAAGAAUUGUCAGUCCAAAGCCUUGAAGAUUGCAGCUGGUUUUUCAGGUGUUAACUCUACAGCAUUAGAAGGUGAGGACAAGAAUCAAAUUGUUGUUGUAGGUGAGAACAUCGAUGUGAUUGAGCUCGUAAAGAAGUUGAAGAAGAAGGUUGGAUUCUCUACACUCAAUAGUGUGACUCUGGUGGAUGGAGAAGAAAAAGAGGAGGACGAAGAAGAGAAGCCUAUUGAGUGGCCACACCAUCAAGUGGGCAUACCACAUUAUUACCUCUAUGAUGUUCCUUUAAAUCGCUCAAACGACUGUAGUAUCCUCUAAAAGAUAGAGAAGUUACUACAACAUUAUGUAACAAUAAAUUACCUAUAAAGGAAUAUUAUCUUAAGUAA